GGUUGGGAGGCAGAGCAGGGAGGGAGCGCUGGGAGAGAAGGGGUGCAGAGCACCCCCAUCCUCUGCAGGGGCUCGGGGCGGACAGGAAUUUGGGAAAGGACAAACAGCCGACCCCGGGGCCGGUUCAUUCUCUUGGGAAAYCCAUGGCAGAAUCUGUUUAAAUGCUUUCUGAGGGACCCCAGACCCCCAGCCACAGCUACACCUCGGGCUGCUGCGGGAGCUCGGCRUUCCUCGGGCAGCCCCCCUGACACCGGGAUUCCUGCGGGGGACAACUGGACCGUGAAUCCAUCCCCCGCUCCAGGAAGCUUUAAAGGAGCAUCUUCACACCCUGAACAUCACACCAUGAACGGGUAUUUAAAUGAAUCCAAUUUCCUGAUGGUGGAGGAGGGCUUCACCACCAGAGACCUGCUGGAAAACCUCCUGGGGGAGCUGUGCCAGGAGAGCGACCAGCAGGCGUUCUUCGUGGCAGACCUCGGGGACAUCGUGAAGAAACAUCUGUAUUUCCUGAAGGCCUUACCCCGAGUGAAACCCUAUUUCCCUGUUAAAUGCAACAACAGCGAGGGGGUGAUCCGGCUGCUGGCAGAGCUGGGGGCAGGAUUUGCCUGUGCCAACAAGGCAGARAUCACACGGGUUCAAGGCAUCGGGGUCCCAGCUGACAGGAUUUUCUACAGCAGCCCCUGCAAGCAGGUUGCCCACAUCAAAUACGCAGCUAGCCGUGGCGUGAGGCUGAUGGCCUUCGACAACGAGGUGGAGCUGGGCAAGGUGGCCAGGAGCCACCCUCGUGCCAGGAUGUUGUUGGGGAUCACCGCUGACUCCAUCCCUUCUGCCCACCCGAGCAUGACCUUUGGGACCACGCUCAAAUCCUGCCGGCGCCUGCUGGAGAUGGCGAAGGAGCAGGCUGUGGAGGUUGUUGGCGUCAGUUUCCACCUGGGGAGCCGUGGGCUGGAGCCCCAGGCCCUGGCCCAGGCUGUGGCUGCAGCACAGCUGGUGUUUGACAUGGGCACGGAGCUGGGCUACCGGAUGAACCUGCUGGACAUCGGCGGUGGCUUCCCCGGCACCGAGGACACCAGAGCGCCGCUGGAAGAGAUCUCUGCCGUGCUGAAUUCUGCCCUGGAUUUAUAUUUCCCCGAGGACAGCGGGGUGGACAUCAUCGCCAGACCUGGGCGAUAUUAUGUCACCUCCGCCUUCACCCUGGCUGUCAGCAUCACCGCCUUGGAGGAGAUUCCUGUGGAGCAGCCCGGUUCUGAUGGUAGGUGUGACAGCAGGAUGGGUCCCCCCGUGUCCCCAAGCCCCCUGAGCCCUCUCUCCUCUUUCCCUGCAGAGGAAGAGUGUGGCAGCAAGAARAGCCUGGUGUACCACCUGAGUGAUGGCGUUUACGGUGCUUUCAGCUGCCUCCUGUUCGACAGCCCCUGUCCCCAGCCACGCCUGCACAAGAGACCGUGCCCAGAGCGCCCCUGGCACAGCAGCAGCCUCCGGGGUCCCCCUGGGCACGCCGAGGAUCGCAUCGCUGACGGGCUGGAGCUGCCCCAGCUGCACGUGGGCGACUGGCUGGUUUUUGGGAACAUGGGAGCCUACAGCAUCCCAACGUCAUCGCUGCUCGGGGGGACACCGCAGCCCCGGGUCACCUACGCCAUGUCCCGCAUGGCCUGGAAAGCCGUGCAGCUCUUCCAGGGAAAGCCACCCCAAACAGAAGAUGACCGUGAGAGCCUCUGCACCCCUCUGUCCUGCGGCUGGGAGAUGGCAGAGACGCUCUGUGUCACCCCUGUCUUCRCUCCUGCUGGCAUCAUCUGAGCAGUGAUGGAGAAGGAGCCACGGUGGGAAAGGUUCUGUGGUGGUACUGGCAAGGGAAAAAUCCCAUAAUGGUGUUGGGGUGGGAAAAAAUCCCGUAAUGGUAUCGGGGUGGGAAAAAAUCCCAUAAUGGUAUCGGGGUGGGAAAAAAUCCCAUAAUGGUAUCGGGGUGGGAAAAAAUCCCUUGGCAGUAUGGGGGAAAUGUCCCACAGUGGCACCACAGUGAGAAAAAUCCCAUAAUGGUAUUGGGGUGGGAAAAAAYCCCAUAAUGGUAUYRGGGUGGGAAAAAAUCCCAUGGCAGUGUGUGGGAAAGAUCCCACAGUGGAAUUGGAAGGAUAAAGAUCCUACAGCGGUACCACAGUGGGAAAAAUCCCAUAAUGGUAUUGGGGUGGGAAAAAAUCCCAUAAUGGUAUUGGGGUGGGAAAAAAUCCCGUGGUAGUAUGGGGGAAAGGUCCCACAGUGGAAGGAUGAGGAUCCUACAGUGGUACAACAGUGGGAAAAAUCCCAUAAUGGUAUUAGUGUGGGAAAAAAUCCCAUGGCAGUAUGGGGGAAAGAUCCCACAGUGGUACCACAGUGGGAAAAAUCCCAUAAUGGUAUCGGGGUGGGAAAAAAAUCCCAUAAUGGUAUUGGUGUGGGAAAAAAUCCUGCCGCAGUAUGGGGGAAAGGUCCCACAGUGGAACUGGAAGGAUAAAAAUCCCACAGUGGUACUGGAAGGAUAAAGAUCCUAAAGUGGUACCACAGUGAGAAAAAUCUCAUGGCAGUAUUGGGGAAAGAUCCCAUAGGGGAACUGGAAGGAUAAAGAUCCUACAGUGGUACCACAGUGGGAAAAAUCCCAUUCCAGUACCAGAAGGGAGAGAUCCCAUAGUGGUGUCUGAGGGAAAAAGGAUCCCCUGGCAGCACCAGGGAGGGGGACGAUGCCAUCCUGCCCUGGCACGGCCCCGCUCUGCUCCUCUCUCACGGGUUUGGAAGUAAAUCCUGUYCCAUAAAUCCUGYYCCAUAAAUCCUGCCCCAUAAAUCUUAUCCCAUAAAUCCUGCUCCUCCAGCUCGUGCGGUGUUUGUGCCUCCUGAAGGCGUUUGGCCGGUUUGGGCUCGGGUUUUUAGGGUGAUAAUUGGGGAUAAUUGGUAGCCCAGCGUGGCUUCGGGUGAGCCCACCCUGUGCCGGAGGUGGCAGAGAAUCCCUCUGCAAUCAGCAUUUGGUGGAGAAUCCCUCUGCAAUUAGCAUUUAAUGAGGUUUUGCUCGUUAGGGAAGGCGGGGCCUCUCAGACAAAUUUGGGAUGCUGUUCAGGCAUCCAGAGGGACC